AUGACCCGAAACGAUGCCCUUCAACAACUGUUGCUGUCAACGGGCCAUGCGAUCAUAAUCGAUCGAGUGGAAGGUGAUCCGCAGUGGGUAUCUGAGGUGGAUGAGUUUGAGUUGCAGCAUUUAUUAACGAAACAAUACAUUACACCUGUCAACAUCAUCGACUGGAUGACUGAACGUGUCAAACCACCUGCGGCAUUAUCGAGAAUCAGGGGCAACAAAACGGGUCUGCUGUUGAUGGAACUUCGUGCGAAGUUGGCUGCAUCGCUGUCGACGCAGAAUCGUAUUCCUUUAGUGUCACCGUUUCAAAGUGCGAAUGAAUUGCGAACGUUAAUAACGUCGCAUAUGAUAUGCUUCACAUCCGAAAGUGUCUUUCAUUUCCUCUAUCCGGCACAGAUUCGAACGGGUACUGUCAACGAACCACCGCUUCCAUCACCCACACAUUUCAUUGCUAAACAAGCAAUCAGGUAUUUUGGUUUGUGUAAAGAAGAUGCGGAAUGGAUAUUGGAGAGUCCGUACAGUGUUGAUUGUUGGCAUCGGAUGAAUACGAUUAUUGAACAGAGUGGUGCAUCGCUCGACAAAAUUCAGGUUUGGUAUAUGGAUGAGAGGCAACGGGCGAUCAAAGCGGCCUUGUCGCUGAUGUUCGAACAGCAUUCAUCUUUGUUACGAGCGUUGUUGGAUACGAAUGACGCGUUGUUAGUGUAUUGCUGUCGAUUUGCGUCGAUUGACGGCGAGUUGUCGAUUGGAAUGAGGGAACGUGACUUGAGGGCUUGGCUCUUCAACAUUGAUAUCGACACGAAACAG